UGACAGUCCUCCUCCACAGCCUCCUCCUCUCUCACUCUCUCGGUGCAAAUCUUCAUCUCUCCGUCUGCUCAGCUCCUCUGCCUUCUCUCCCUGCUCUCUGUAACAUCUCUCUUCAUUUUCCCCACUCGCUCAAUUUCUUUUCAUCCUUCAUCUUCGACAUGCUGCCCACGUGAAGUCCGCCAACUUAAAUAGCCAGUGGAUAAAAAAAAAAAAAAAAAAAACGACAAACAAAAACAGAAACAAGCAGGCAAAUGCUCCACCGUGGAAUAAGAGGGAAAACUACGCACGUUUGCAUAUUUCAUUGAGUGCCUUGGCUGGAACGGAGCAACAGUAUGGAUCUGUCAUUCAUGGCUGCGCAGAUCCCUGUCAUGACGGGAGCCUUCAUGGACUCGUCACCCAAUGACGACUACAGCGGCGAACACUCCCUCUUCAACUCGUCGGCCAGCGUCAACGCCGCCGCCUCGGCCGCGUCAGUACACGGACAGCCGGAUGAGUCGCAGUCCAUGUCCAGCGAUGCCAUCUGGCUGUGGAUUGCCAUAAUCGCCACUAUCGGAAACAUUGUUGUGGUUGGGAUUGUCUACGCUUGCACUUUCUGAUGAACAGAUGCAAACAAAGACAAAUGCACACCUACAUGUUCUGCUCUUCGCAGAUUUCUGGACCCAGGCGCACGGCCAGGCUUUGUAGACAACCACGCAAACUUGCUCUAUGUCUCUCUCUCUCUCUCUCUUUCUUUCUCUCUCUCCCUUUCACCUGGCUUUUUAGAUCACUUUUGGCCCCCUUAGAGUGUGGAAGUUGUGGAACGCGACAAUGACAUAUGGACCUCUACUUCAUCACAGGGAGAGACUGUGACUUGGCUGCAUAUGUUGGCAUCAAACGCUGGAUCGGAUGGAUUGGAUGCUACAUGUGGGAGUUAGAGGAGAGGCCUCUGUGUACAACAGCUCUUUAGUUAAAAACAGAAACAUUAAACCUGCGCCUGCAAGCAAGAAUCAAAUCAACCUUUUUUUUUUGAUUUUCUGUUUUUGUUUUUUUUUCAGCUUAAGUUUGUUUCCAUGUUUUCUCCUCAGACAACACCCUCACUUGUAAUGCAGAGAUGGGAACAGAGACUAAAUGGGGCUUAAGAUUCGGGUUGAUCCAGGCCAUCCUAAACCUCCACCAGAUAGUUUCAAAGCAAUUUAGGGCAGAGCUGUUUAAUUAUGCGGCUGAAUAGAGACGCUGAAUGUUAAAACAUUUAGAAAGUACUGGGAUUACUUUCAUGCAAGGCAGACCUGAGGCGCACCAUGUUGGAGCUCAUUUAAGGACUCAUUUGUGAAUGAAACACAGUAUGGGCGCUGAACCUUAAGCUCUAUAUUGUGUUACUAAACAAUUUUAUGGACUGACUAUCAUUGAAAUACACGUUUAAAAUCUAAUAAAGAUGGCUUAUCCAAUCCUUACUCAAUUAUACACUAUGGGUGGUGACCUUGCUGUUAGAUAUAAUGCAAAACUAAGUCACCCAGCUGAAAUGAAAGGGUUUCUUGUUAUUGGGGUUAUUGAAAAAUAAAGUGUAAUGUCAUGGUAUGUUUAGUUCUGUUUGGAUAUUAUCUACACAUGCUUACUUAAUACGAUUAAAGCACAAAUUUAAAGGCCAUAUGACGUAGCCUACUUUACUUCCUGCACCUGAUUAUUGUUUGUAGUUUGUUUUAAAUACAGAUUGUAAAGUAUUAGUCACUCAGACAUCAUAUUGUCAGCAACAGAAGGUGUAAAAGAUCCUGAUAUUACAAAUAUGUGAUGGUAGAUGUGUCGGACCUCUAAUAGUGAACAUACUUGUGAAUGCUGAGCGGGAAAGGAGGCCUUACUUUUAAAUGAGCUGCCCCUCUAAAUAUGUCUCUUUUCAGUCAUUUGGUUUUCUGUUACCGUAGAAUCUGGAGGCAGCCGUCUCCAUGGCAACUAAUCCUUCUUCUAAUUGGGAGCAAUGACUUUCUACUCUGAGACUCAGGCAUUAACCUGCAGCCACGGAUGCGUUUUAUGCUCUUUAUACCGAGCAUUAGAAAUCACAGAAAACACAACACGGCAAUUUACACACAUAUUGCGUCUGGUAGCCUUUGAAUGUUAUUUGUGCUUUUGCUUACACUGUUUCAAUUAAGAAAGCAGCACACGUACCAGAGUUGAUAACAAUGUUAAAGCCUUUUUGAAUAUGCAUUGAAGGUCAGCAAAUACUGUUUUUACAUUUCUGUCAGCUUAUCUUUCUUUACCUGAUCAUCUAUAUGGAAAGACAGAAUUAUAGAGGAAGCUUUAUUUCAAUACUUUCUGUUGCUUCUCAUGGGAUGUAGAAGGUAGCAUCAAUGUGCUUUAGGUGGACAUAUAUCGAGCUGUCCUGUAAACACUUUAACAAUGCAAAUGUUCAAACACGGAGUUACCAUAGUAGCUCACUUUGUCAGCUGUGCCAAUUUACAGUAAGGAGAAAUAGACAUACACUUAUCUCUAUUCUUAUCAUUUCAAAUGUUUAAAUAAGGACUUUUCAAGCCUGUUGUUUUUAAUAAAUGGUUGAUGUAGAAAUACUGUAUGUAGACAUGUUGUAAUCCACAUACACAAUGCUCCUUUUGUAAAGAUAUAUACUAUUAAAAUUUCUGUAUGAAUGAA